AUGGACUUUGGCUUUGUGAGCUCACCGUCACAAUCACCAAGUCAGUCGCUCUUCACCGCCGGUCAAUACUUUGACAGCACUUCAGAGGGAUCAAGUCCCAACUCACCUCACGUAAGUACCGCCGUGUCGAUGCUUGUGGGUCCGUCAUUGACUCGCAGGAAGCAAAUGAGUCAAAUGAUGUUCAACCCUGCGUCGAUGCAGUACGACAUGUAUCAGUAUGGAAACACAGCGGGCUCCUUCUACCCGACGACACAGACCACCAAGAUUCCCGUGGAGUAUAACAACGCGGCCACCGUUGAUCAGAGUGACCGACGAAGAAGGCGGUCCGGUAGCACCUCGGCCGCCACAACCAAGGACAAGGAAUCAAUUCCCAACAUGCACAUGCGACGAAGAGCUCAAAACCGCGCAUCCCAACGGGCUUUUAGAGAACGGAAAGAAAAGCACGUCAAGGGCCUCGAGCGCCAACUAGAAGACCUUCACGAGAAGCACCAAGAUCUCCUGCAGUCAUAUACCCGACAGGCCGAUGAAGUGUCUAAGCUCAACGGCAGGAUAUCGGAGCUGACCGCGGAGCUCAACACUCUAAGGUCGUGUCAGGACCAGUCGUUCAGCGAGAUGCUGAUGCCCGACAAGUUCGACAAGUUCGACGCCUUCUCAACAUCAGACAACAUGCUCUACAAUGGGCCCGAAUGUUACUUUGACAAAAAUGCGGUCGACCUCAAUUCGGAGUUCGCAUUGCAUUCAUUCGAGGAUUCAUUGUAG